AUGACCCGCCAUGAAAAGGCAAAACAGCUGGAUUACAUUUCCAAUUGGUUCUUCUGUGGGCUAAAAAGGAGCUUGUUCGUUUCAUCAGCUGCAGAUGUGUUUUCCCCUCGCAGCAGAUGCAAAACAUGUGCAAUAGAAAUACAAGCAACAGCUGCUCUGGCCAAAUACGAGGCAGCCAACAGACAUGUUGAUACGGCUAAAGACAGAGUCAACGCAAAAUCAACUAAAACACUGAAUUAUCAUGUAACAGUCAACAGUUGUGACAAAGAGCUUACUUCGCAGAAAGCAGACAAAAGUGCUUCGAAAAAGGAGCGUGAAAAGAUGCAGAAAACAGAACUGAAAACUCUGAAAACAGAACUGAAAGUGCGAAACAACUUGGGAGGGAAGAACAAAGCACUGUACAAGACUAGUCUCUGUCACAACUACAGAUUGCUCGGGGUGUGUCCUAGUAGAAAGAACUGUUCUUCCGCACAUGGUCAACCAACAGUCAUUAGGGACCUUGAAACGACUUUCGCAGAAUCAAGGAACGACACCCCGGCAUAA